UCCCGAAGGCGGUCGUCGCGCACCCCUAACUAACAUCGACAAACUUUUCAAACUCAACUUUCACCGUAACCGAGUUUCAUUGAAUUCAACUCUGUGGCUUCGCGAAGCUUCUAGUAUUUUUGAGAAGUAGUUUCUUCGAGCUGGACGUCACCGGGGGUGCCGGCUUAGUCAGCUGAGGACCACUAAAAGAGUUCGAUGAUCACUAAAUAAGACAAUUUCCAAAAGGAAAAUAUGGCUUCGUUUUGGCGCUGAAUAAAUCGUGAGCAUGGAAGCAGCUUUGCCACAUUUUCAUCGCCUAGCUUCAUCAAGAUUCUACCAUCAGUAUGCAGCUCCUCAAGUCCGAGUCACCAGCAACUAUUUACAUGAUCUCAUUCCCCCUCAGCAUCCUACACUACUCCAACAAUAUCUAGCUUACUACCAUGAACCUUCCGUUCCUCUCGACCUCUCUGUCAAACAAACAUCGCCUAUUACUCCUCCGUGCACACCUCCACCUAGCCAGAAAAGAAAGACUUCAGAUAAUAGUAAAACAGAAAAACCUCCAAAGAUAUUUCGACAUUUCGAAGAUGACGAGACAAAAGAUGACUUAACAAAUAAUAUACUCAAAAGGAAAUCUGACGAUGAAAGUUCAAACGACAGCGACAGUCCAGAGGCUAAGAAAAUAAAAUUUACGAAAAAGUUUUUUGAUGAACUUCGAACAUGUCUUCCAAAUGAUGGUGAAAAUUCGAAGAGUGAGAGAAGUUCACCAGAAAUUGUGGAGAUAAAAGAUGUUGAAGAGCGUCCUAAAAAGCUAUUGAAACCUCAGCAUCCCUUGAAAAAAAGUAAAGCUGUAAGACGCCUGACUUUCGAUGAAGACAAAACUUCACCAGUCUCUGGCACUAUAAUUCGAGAUUUGGCUGAAGAUGAAACAUUAGUUGUGCGAAAGGGAGAUAUUGACCCCGCUUUCAAUGUCGUAGAAGUAACUGAAGAAGCUAAAGCGCUGAUUGCUAGUAUAGAAAAUCGUCUCGGACGAUAUAUAUGUCGUUUGUGCAGGCGCUUAUAUAAUGACGCAUUUGCCCUAGCGCAGCAUAGAUGUUCCAGAAUUGUCCACAUUGAGUAUCGCUGCCCGGAAUGUGAUAAGGUUUUCAACUGCCCAGCUAAUCUGGCCUCUCAUCGACGAUGGCACAAGCCCCGGGUGCCUGGACCUGCUAAACGACGAGAACCGACCACAUCAGAAACUGGACGGUUUUCCUGCGAAAGAUGUGGAAAGCUAUUCCGGAGGCAGGCGUAUCUUCGAAAACAUCUUCUAGCUCAUGAACAGCCGGAAAGUGAAGCUGAUAAGGAACCUUCAGCAUUUCGCCAAGUCCACGUGGAUUAUGCUACAUACCAACCGGAUUCGAUCUGUGAUAACAAGUUCAAUAACUUCUGGAACAAAAUACCUGCGCCUCAACAAGAGGCGAGUUGGGAUGACAUGCCUGCUCGAUGUGCUUCACACUGCAGUUCAGAAGAUUCUAGAAGUUUAGACGUGACGGGCUCCGAGGACGAGGGCGGCGCCGGGGACGGCUGACGUCACAUCCUGCGGCCAGUGCCGCGCUUUCCAUAUAGCAUGCAAUCUAUGUAUCCAUAUUCCAGACCGUAUGGACAUGAUACUUCAUUUUAUUACUCGUAAUUCAUCGAAAUCUAGUUCUGUGUUCGUGUGUGUAAUAGUUUUAAGUACGUAUGUAUAUAUAUUAUGUUACGUCUUACCGAAAUAGUAUUAAAAUAUGUAAAUAUGAUCUCCUACAGCACCAUUCCAAAUUUGAAAUGUGGUUAUGUCUAACAUAAUAAUGCCACUUUUGUAUGUAUUAUUUAUUAAUUAAUUUUAAUCACUCAAUUUAGAAGUUAUUGAAUAGUUGGCUUGCAAACUUAAGGUACAAAGAUUAUUUCGACUUUCGUCGUGUGAAUAAACUUACUCAUCGGGUAGUAUUAAGAAAAAAGCUUAAAUUAUAAU